AUGGCGUCCAAUCAUGCCUCCUUCGAUGCAGCCGCAACCGAUCGAAAAGCACGUCUCGCGAAACUCGCGACCCUGAAACGGAAGCAACCAGAGCCCGAAGCGUCUGGAGAAAUCGCUGAGGAGUUUGAAUCUCGAAAUGACGUACAGGAUGUUACGAUGAAGUACCUUUCCGGGCGGAACUAUGAUGCGGAAACCCGUGGAGCGAAACUGGGGUUUGACCAGGCUCCGACGAAAGGACAAAUCACACUAGAGUCACAGGCAGAAGAAACCGCCAGAGAGGUUGCUGAACAAUCUAAAAGAAACGAGGAUGCGGACCAACCCAUCGAUCUUUUCAAACUGCAGCCCAAAAAGCCUAACUGGGAUCUGAAGCGAGACCUGGACGAGAAAAUGAAGAUUCUAAAUGUGAGAACUCAGAAUGCAAUCGCAAAGCUUGUGAGGCAGCGGAUAGAAGAAGCACAACGCGUCGCUAAAGCGCAGGGCGCCGGCGCCAAUGGAGACAAGCAGGGAGAGGAAGUUGGCAUCGAAGGCGAGAUGCUUGUGGAAGGCAUCCAUGUUCGAGAACGGGAGAACUUAGAUGAGGAUGAUGAUCUCGCAUGA